CAUGCAGUGUUUGUGCAGCGAGGAAAACAAACGGUUGUCAUUUCAUCAGAUUGGUGACGUAGAUUCCAGGUGAGCCGAUCGUGCACCAAGUGCGUACUUGAUUGUUCGUGGGCAGAAACGCAUGACGGUGUGGUGCACAAACGAUUACGUGGACUGUUGAUAGAUAAGGUGUCCUGCUGUCGAUUCGGUUCACAGGAGAAAAUGUCUUCCCCGAUCAGUUCGUCGUCCGAGUACAACAGUGCCCUGGACCAGACGCUUAAUUCCACGCUCGAUUCGGAUAAACUGAAUACCUCUAGCUUGAGCAACAGCGACAUAGAAAACGUUAACGUUACCGGAGACUGGAAUGAGAAGUUGCGCGUGAAACAGAAGAAAAAUGUAAAAGAUUCUACCCAGCAUCUGCUCGAUAGUCUGCGAAAUAACAACCUGGAUCAGACGAACGACGCAACCGCCCUCAACAGUACGGCCAGCACGCUCAGUCUCGAUCUAAGCGGCGGAGAACUGUCCGAUACGCUCAACAAUGUCGUCAUAUCGUUCGUCAGCUCGGAUGAGGAGGAAACGAGUGGCACGACUCGAACGGCCAGUACGCCGCGUGUUCCGGACGUGAGCGUGAAUAUGUCCCAGUCGGACGGAUCGACUGCGACGAGCAGCACGCAGGGUGAGAAGGAUUCCCGCGAUACCACGGCAAACGUUUCGCAGCUUCCGGCCGAAAGUGGAUGCGAUUCGGCGAUCCCACUGUACGCAACGCUGGAAGAGUUCGACAAGAACCUUCCGGAGACGGUCACGUUGCUGACGACACCGGACGGGGCAAAGGUGUACCUGGUCGGAACGGCGCACUUUAGCGAAAGCUCCCAGCGGGACGUUUCGCUGGUGAUGCGUAACGUGCGCCCGAACGUGGUCAUGCUGGAGUUAUGUCCGUCACGCGUGCACAUCCUGAAGUACGACGAAAAGACGCUGCUCGAGGAAGCGAAAGAGAUGAACCUGGCGAAAAUGCGUGCCAUCAUCCGGACGAACGGGUCUAUCAAUGGGUUGUUCUACAUUCUGCUGCUGAACAUGAAUGCCAAGUUCACCAAGAAGCUGGGCAUGGCGCCCGGUGGCGAGUUCCGGUGUGCGGUGAAGGAAGCCCAGCAGAUCCCGAACUGCAUGAUACAGCUUGGUGAUCGGCAGAUCAAGGUGACCCUGCAGCGUGCCCUCCGCGGCCUAUCGCUUUGGCAGACGCUCAAGCUGAUCCCGAAGUUGCUCUUCAUGGACGACGACAUUAGCAUCGAGGAGGUAGAGCAGUGCAAGCGAAAGGAUCUACUGGAGGAGAUCAUGCUCGAGAUGGCCGACGAGUUUCCCGCGUUCGGGCGCGUGUUCAUCGACGAGCGAGAUCUCUAUCUGUGUCACUCGCUGCAGCUGGCCGCGCUUCCCUUGAGACAUGAGAAUGGAAGGGAAGAACCCGUGCGCGUCGUCGGAGUGGUGGGUAUUGGCCAUGCGGCCGGCAUUGCAAGGCACUGGGGUAAGGUGGAUACGGAGAGUAUCGCAUCGAUCAUUACCAUUCCACCGGCGAGCUUUGGACAUCGCAUGCUCAAGUUUGGAGUGAAGUACGGACUGCUCGGAUUAGCAGCGUACGGUGUGUUCCGGUUCGCGCGUCCACGACUGGAGCGAUUGAUGCUUCGAUAACUAUUCGGAAGAAAGGACACUUCCCCCGUUGACAGGCAUAACUACAGUGAUGCUAACGUUUAACAUAUAAGAUAUUUUGUAUCGCUUUUUCAGCCGAAUCUGACACACAACGGGAGUUAAAAGAUUCUCUCUAAUGUUUCUAUUAUUUUAAAGAUUCAGAUUCAAGAUUAAAUGUCAACAGGGCGAAGCAACUGCUUUACUUUGUGUAGGAUCCGGCUCAAAAUGCGAUGGAUAAUGUUUUACUCGUGAUAUUGUAAAUGGUGAGCUAAUACAACAUUACUACAUCACUGUAUAUGCUUUCUAGGGCUGGCAAUAUAUUGUUGAGAGCACUUCACUUCCGUACUAUCAAUUUUCUCUCGAAAGGCUUGCCACUUCCGCUGUUCGUUUAGGGAUAGAAAAUGCACGGAUUUAUCCCUGUUUGGACUAGCAGCCAAAAAAGACGAUAGACACACACACACACACAAUCGAACGGCAGAAGGUGACGGUAGCGACCGAAAGUAAAUCAAAAUAUACCACUUACCACGAUGCGUUAGGAAUAGAA